AUGACUGACCCUACCAGUGUUGGCAAGGAUGUGGAGAGACUGGAACAUUCCACACUGCUGGUGGAAUGCUCCAGGACGGCCAGGCUCCUCCCCAACGGCUCACAGGUUUGGGUGAGGGACACAGAGGAAGCCAGCCAGCUGCAGCGGGAGGUGGAGUGGCAGAGUUUGGAGAAGGGCGUGACAAAAGUCAGGGGAGUGGGAGGAGGUCUUCAGCCUCAUAUCUCGCCCUUGUGUGAAGCCCUCCCCAAGUCCAAGGUCCCCUGCCGGCUUUCUGGCCUCACUCCAUGCAGCUCGCCUCCUCCCGGCCCGUUCCCCAGGCCGCCCUGCUCUUGGCUUCCUCCUCCCUGGCUUGCUCUGGGCUCGGCAGCUGUGCGGGCCCUUCACCUCAGCUAUCCUUCAGACUCUAGCGUCCCAGUUACCAAAGACCACAACUUCCCGAAAGCCGUGACAAUACCGGGGCACGAAGGUAUUGUUGCCCUGGGCGGAGCUGCUGGGUUUAAAGAGCCGGAACCUACCUGGGCUGAACACAGCCCCAGCAGCCUCUCUAGAUCUGCACCCGACUCUCAGGACACUGAAGCACUGAGAGGCCUGCCUGCCUUGGAAGCCAGUGACCUGGUUGAUAAAGACAGUCCCUUCUACUAUGACUGGGAAAGCCUGCAGCUGGGCGGGAUGAUUUUUGGAGGGCUCCUGUGCAUCGCUGGAAUCCUGAUAGCCCUGAGUGAGUGGUGGGUCUCGCAGGCCGGGCCCGGGGAUUCUGAGCUGAUGCAUCCUGGGAAGAAGAAACGAGUGUGUUUCAGCAGCGGGCGUGCAUGGGCAGCCAUGGGUAAUGUGAUCGGGUUAAGAGAUGACAUCUGA